AUCUUAGUAACUAGCAAUAUCAAUGUACCCAACGAUUACCAUUUGUUGAAAGAUUGUUUUUACCUUAAAAAUGACUAUAGGAACCGAAAGUUGCGAAAAUAUCGUUGAUAAGGAAAAGAACAUAGGACCCUCAUGGAAAAUAUGGCGUCACAAAAGAUACGUGGUGGCUAUAAUGGCAUUUUUGGGCUUUAUGAAUAUAUAUUCUCUAAGAAUAAAUCUAAGUAUAGCCAUAGUGGACAUGACACAAUUAAAAAAUAUUACUCUAGAUAACGGUACUACAGUUUUAAAAAAGGACUUCGAUUGGGACUCCAAGAUCCAAGGUUAUGUUUUAAGUUCGUUCUUUUAUGGUUAUUUGUUCACUCAAAUUGCCGGAGGAUUUCUAGCAACUAAAAUAGGAGGAACCUGGGUGUUUAGCUGUGGUAUAGCAUCUACUGCUUUUUUCACCCUUAUUACGCCAUGGGUAGUUAAAACAAAUGUAUAUUUCUUUAUAGUUAUACGAACAAUAGAGGGUUUAUGUGAGGGUGUAACAUUUCCUGCAAUCCAAGAAAUUUGGUCUCAGUGGGCACCUCCAGCUGAAAAAAGCCGUCUUAUUAGUAUAUCUUUAUCUGGUAGCUACCUUGGUGCUGUGGUGGCAAUGCCUAUGUGUUCCCUUAUUGCUUCCAGUCUUGGAUGGGAGUAUAUAUUCUAUAUAUUUGGGGCCGUUGGACUUUUAUGGUAUCUAAUUUGGAUAAUAAUUGUAGCAUCAACCCCUUCUAAGGACAAAAGAAUAAACCCAAUCGAACGCAAAUAUAUAGUCGAUGCAAUAAGUGCCGUUAAAAGCGACAAACAAAUUGAAGUUCCAUGGAGACGUAUUCUGAGUUCAACAGCAGUAUUAGCCAAUGCUAUUUGUAUGACUUGUGAGGGAUGGGGGUUUUAUACACUUCUUACAUUUUUGCCACAAAUGAUAAAAUCACUCUUAGGCUUUGAUCUAAAUCAAGUAGGCUUUUUGGCGGCACUUCCCUACUUAGUUACGUGUUUAAUGGUGCAAGUAGGUGGUUACUUAGCAGAUUUCUUACUGAAACGGAAGUAUAUAACCACUACUCAAGUAAGAAAAUUGUUAAUAAUAACUGGUUUCUCCGCACAAGCCAUAUUUUUACUUCUGGCUGGAUACUGGGUAUCAACUAUCGGCACAUCAGUUUGUCUUGUCGUCGCCGUGGGAUUGGGUGGAUUGGCUAUAAGUGGAAUGGGGGUAGUCCCCAUUGAUAUUGCCCCUAAAUUUGCCAGUGUUAUCUACGGAAUAGCCACUACGGUUUCUACUUUACCAGGAAUAAUAUCCCCCAUUUUAACGGGAUACAUAGUAACAGACUCAACGAACAUUUUGCAAUGGAGGAUAGUGUUUUAUAUAGCAUCUGGCAUAUACCUAUUUGGGAUAAUUACAUCUUUUAUAUUCACCUCUGGUGUAAGACAAUCAUGGGCUGACAAGGAAGAAGUGAUAGUGAAUGGCAACCAUAAUCAAUCUUUUGAGCCUACUGAAUCUGAUUAGAAAUUACAGUGUUAUUUUAUUUAUAACAUAAAUAAUAAAAUUUGUC